CUACAGUUUCUGGCCAAACUCCGCCCAGAAAGAGUCGCAUCUUUGUGGCUAAUGUCUUCGAUUCUGCAAAUGCAGCUCUCAUUCUCAAAAACACUCUCAUCUUCAUUCGCAACAAGUUCUCUCUUCCUCUCCACGAAGCUCUCUGGUCUUUCCAUUCAUGCGCCGCCCGUCAAUAAACCAAUCAUAAUCCGCAUGGGGGGUGGCCCAAGAACUUAUCCGGGAGGGGUAUCCAAGUGGCAGUGGAAGCGGAUGCAAGCUAAGAAAGCAAAGCAGCUUCUCAAGGCCCGUCUCUGCCGCGAGCGCCAAAUCUACGAGAUGCGCAAAAGGGCUGAGCUCAAGGCCGCCGUUGCGGAGCUCGAGAGACCAUGGGAAGUCGUCGAGAGGGCACCCAAUCUGUUCUCUGUCAGCGCUGAUGAGCAGGUCAAGGUCUUGGCCGACCGUUUCCAGCGCCCUGGGGGGUUUGACUUAUGGACCGAGAAGGACGGGCCGCAGCUAUUCCAGACUGUGGACGGCUUGCCCUCCGCCAGGUUCUUCCCUAGAGGGGUUGUCCACAGCUUGAAGCCCUAUGGAAAGAUUGCCGAGUCUGUUGAUGAACUGGGUGGUGAAAAAAUGGUCCCACGUGCUGAUGAGAAUAAAAAGUCUGUGGAAAUGACCGGGGGAGUUAUGCGAACUGGAGGGAGAUGUGGUGGGAGAUUGAGGAGGAAGAGGAACAGACUUAGAGCGGACUUAAGGCAAGUUGGUUUUGAUCGGAAACAAAGAGGGGAUGGUCGUUUGAUGGAUACUAAUGGUGACAGUAGGUUUAGUGGAAACAAUAAAGGUGAGGAGAAAUCUAAGAGUUCAGAAUCUGAAGUUUAUGACUUAAAUUGGCAGCGAGAUGGAACUUAUAGUUAUGGCAGUUAAGAAGACUAAAUUUGCAGCGAGAUGGAACUAAUAGUUUUGGCAGUUAAGAAGACUAAAUUUGCAGCGAAAUUAAACUUAUAGUUUUGGCAGUUAAGAAGAUCAAUCCUUUGAAUGUUGGGGAAUCGAUGUAGCAAGAAUCAAAUGGACAUGUAGCAGCCAAUGCUAGGAAAUUGGUGAAAGAGAAGGAGUUCUAAUUAAGUAAUGUUCUUCAUCUGAAAUUCUUUCAGUUGGUAGAGAUGUUUGCUGAUGGGCUCGUUAGAUAUUCCAUGCCAUUACUCUUCCAAAUUGUACAUUUGUAUGUAUCCUUUACUGAGUAGACAAUGAUAAGUAAAGUUAGCAUUCCUGAAA